AUGUGUCGAACAGGAGAGAUGCUCGCAGCCCCCUCGCCCCUGGAUAGUAAAGCACGUGUGCACAAGUGGCUUCAAAACCACAAGCGAGUUGCUUCCCUUCGGGGCCGCUUUGGUUUCCUUCUGGCCGUGGGGCGUUGCCGGGCCGGUGUUGGCUCGCGGCGCUACCUGUCUAGGAGAGGAGCAUGGGGAUGCUCCGUGAACUGCCGCUCAAAUUCUGUGUUCUCUCCCAGCCCUGUUCUCCCCAGCUGCCCUCCAAGAUUGUGUCCUUUAUCCUUUGGCGAAGGAGUUGAGUUUGACCCUUUACCACCAAAGGAAAUAAGGUACACAUCCUCAGUUAAAUACGACUCGGAGAAGCACUUCAUCGAUGACAUCUAUAUGCCAGUGGGCUUAAGCAUUUCCUCUUGCAGUCAGACGGUCAUCUGCGUCCCAAACUGCACGUGGCGCAAUUACAAAGCGGAGGUCCACUUCGAGCCCCGCAACAAGCCCCAGCGUUUCACCAGCACCACCAUCGUCUACCCGAAGCACGCCAAGACUGUGUACACCACCACGCUGGAUUACAACUGUCGUAAGACCACGCGGCGGUUCCUCUCCAGCGUAGAGCUGGAAACUUCGGAGUACCUUGGGAACGACUGUGUCCUGGACGGUUGCUGA